UUGGUUCUGAAGAAUUUCAUGCUCACAGGAUCAUAUAGAUAAAAUUUUAUAUGUUAACGUUUUCAAGUAGAUGGAUAUUACUUAUUAUUACCUGAUGACUUCCUGAUGGAGUCUACUUCCUCACAAAGGUCCAAUGAGGUGAACUCAGGGUCACAGAGGUCAACCAUCACAAGUAGUGGUUCUUCGAUGCAAUCACAAACUUUUUGUCCAGUGUGCCAGUUCCCUCUCAAAACUUUGAAGAUUGCAACGCCCUCAAAACAUAUCACAAAAUGUAAGAAGAGAAAUGCGAAACCAAAAAGAGACUGUCCGAACGGAAUAGACUGCAUUUCAACCAUGGAAUCUCAUUAUCAAAUAUACUCUCAUACAAAUCUUCAAGAAUAUCGGGACGACCCUGAACGCUCUCUAGCACCAUCUAACACUUCUAUGAGCAGUAUUGAUAGACUCUUUGAAUCAUUACAUGGCCGCACCCCGAAGAAAGAAGUAAAACUAGAAAUAAGUGCAAAUGAAAAUCAUUCCCCGUUUAUUCGACCAUUUAUCGAUUUAACAGACAGUCCAUCUUCUUCAGAAGAGUUUAAAAACACUCAAAAUUUGUCAAAAAAAAGUCGAAAAGAUUUGUCAAGUUUUUUUAAAAACGUAACGGUUUCUCCUCUUGUGAGUUCAAAUGCUACAAACACUGUUAUAUCUCAAAAAUCCUCAAUUCUAGGGAAACACAAGGCAAAGGAGACAGAACUGUUUAUCAUUUCUAAACCUAAGAAAUCAAAAAAUAUAACUUCUGAAAUACAUGGAGUGUUUUCUAGUCAAAAAGUAUCAGCUUCUACGCAAACUACACAAAAAUUAAAAUCUUCUUUGAAUAUUAACAAUUCUUUGGCAAUUAAACAAGAAAAAUUGAAACGUACUCCUCGAAAAAAUUCGAACGUGAAUGUUAAACCUCCGCUCGGUGCAAAUCCAUGGACGAUAACUGCGAGUCAGGUUGAAAAACGCCGUGAAACGAAAGAAAUUGAAAUUAUCGACUUAACGGAUGAUUGCGGUGAAGAAACGAGUCAAGAAACAAUAUCAAGUUUAUGUCGAAGUCCUCAAAAAAAUUCUGAACAAUUGACCGUCGAUGCAACUCCGAAAAAAUUGCGUUCUUCUCCUUUUGUACAAACGUCGACUUUUGAAAAAGAUAAGACACUAGAUGGUGCUAUUUUAUCAAAAACAUGGUCAUCAAAUAUAAAAGCAGAACCUUUAACCCCAAGUCAACAAACUAGGAUUGGUAAAAAAACUCUUUUCCAAAGCCAGAAUAAUUCAAAAGAAACGUUCAUGAGUAAAAUGUGUAAAAAAUACCCGGUAAUUAAAAUAGAAAGAGUAUCAAAUAAAAGACCGGAACAAAAUCCGACAAACUCUGACAGUUCAAUUUAUUCCGGUGGGAAAAUUAAAACCAAUUCUGACAGCGAAAAAUUUUCUUUUCUACCUGAAGAAGAUCAAGAUAUUCCGAUACAGUCUACCCAAAUUCCAAAUUCAAUUAAAAAAAGUCAAACUGGUUUUUCUUCCACACUAGACACUCAAGACAGUGAGGACUGGGUAAUCCCCCUCCCUCGAGGACCAGGAUUCGUGCCAGUCAGCCCUAUCCAGUUUGACAAAAGUGGAAAUUUUAUGCCUUUCAUCAGUCUUACUAAUUUGAGUAAAAAUAUGCUGAGCUCAGCAAAAUCUUCCCAGGAGUGCUCUGCUGAAGGUAAAAAUCCUAGUAUUAUUUUAGACCAAAAUUCAAAUUUAUUCAACAUGAGACGCUUGGAUGAUAAAGCUGGUAAUUCUGUGGCAGAAUCGAACAGUAGUUAUGGUAAUAGUAAAAAUUCUGCAAUCAAAAAUAAAAAUGAUGCUGUAUUGGAAGGCAAGCAUUCUGAGAAAAGUUAUACAGCUGAAAGUUCAAAUCCGGAUAAUCAGAAUGGGACUGAACUUAGAGAACAACCACUAGGGGGUAUUACUUCAAAUUUAUCUAAUGAAAGAUUUGUAAAGGAUCAAUGUAUUAUUAUCAAUUCAAGCCUUGAAGAUGAAAAUUCCACUUCCGAUGCUCAAAAUGGGGAAAUUUGUGACAAAAAAACUGCUGAUUUUCCGAAAAAAUCUUCAACGUUUUUGGGAGACAAUUCUGGCUCAGAUACCAAGCUUGAUAGCAAUCCAGAUAUAACAACUAGCAAAUUUUUAGCGGGAAAUAACGUAGAAAAUAAUUCAAAAUGUGGAAAUUGUUCAAAUGAGGAAGAUAUAAUGGAGUCCUCAAUGCUACAAGGACUCUCACAUUGUCAAACAUUACCAUUUUUGAGCCCUGUAUCCUUGAAAGUGAAACGCUUGGAUGAACACAUCGAUCUGAAAGGGAAAAAUGACAUUGAUCCAAAAAGUAAUAAUCAUUGUUGCAGGAAGAACAGUGAUCCAGGAAGUGGGGUUAAACGUUAUAAAUCAGGAAGUAAUAAUAAUGAAAAAACUGAUAAUUUCAGUAAAACAGCUACACAGUGUUCAAAAAAAGCCAAAAAUAUCACAAAUUUUUAUGUUUUCGACAAACCUGGCACAUCUUAUGAUGCAAUUGACGAUGGUAAACCGUCUACAAGACACUGUAGCAGUGCAAAUACUGAAUUUUCCAACAAAACUAGUGAUUGUAAUGAAACUAUUCCAGGAAGUUUGAAAAAGGCUAAAAUAAAACCCCAGGAUGUAACAAACUUGAACAAGUAUGGCACAUCGUGUCAUAUUAAUGAUGAUGAUAAAUCCUCUACAAGUGGUUUGAGUAGUUUUUCAAAUUCAUCGCCAAAAAAUAAAAAUAAUUUUCCGUCUAACGUAAACGGUUUACGUAAAGUUAAAGUUACACCCAUACGUGCCAGUUGGAGUAAAAUUGGCCCUCAAAGUGGAUCAGGUUUAUCAACAAUGGAUAGAACAUUCGAUAAAGGUCCAUUAAAUGGGAUUAAUGAAGCUCCAACAUUUGACGGUGAAAAUCAGAAUGGGAAUCUAGAUACUGGAAAUUCAGAGAAUCUAAAAUCUUCUAAAAAACUUUUACAAAAAGGGGAUGAUACUUUGUCAAGUUCUAGCAUAAAUUUUUCGCUUCAAAAUUGGUUAAAUUCGUCAAAAAAGAGCAAAAAACAGGGAGAUAUCGGUUCAAUGAUGUUUGGUUUAAAACCAAAGCUUCAAGAAAUCGUAAAAAAGGAAAAUCCUAACGGUUCGCGGAAAAAUGAAACGAAAACUGGUGGAAAUGGAUUCUAUAGAAGUAACAAGUCACGGAAGUGUCCAUUUUAUAAGAUUGUUUCUGGUACCGACAUUGCUGUAGAUGCAUUCAGUUACGGAGUGGUGGAAGGAGUCCAGUUUUAUUUUUUGUCACAUUUCCACUCAGACCACUACAUGGGAUUAACAAAAAAGUAUUGGAGGCAUAAAGUGUUUUGCAGCCAGGUCACAGGCAAUCUUGUGGCUCAGAAAAUCAGAUUGUCUGAAGAACUUAUAGUCAGGUUGCCAAUGGGGGAAGAGAAUGAAGUUGGCCAGGUUAAAGUGACGUUGUUGGAGGCAAACCAUUGUCCUGGAGCUGUUUUAUUUCUCUUUAAACUUCGGAACAAUCGGGUCAUUCUUCACACAGGAGAUUUCAGAGCCCAGGAGGAAAUGGAACAAUAUAAUGCUCUACAAGGAAUCAGAGUUGAUACCUUAUAUCUUGACACAACAUAUUUGAACCCAGAAUAUCGAUUUCCAUUGCAACGUGAUGUCAUCAAUACGGCUGUUACUAUAGCAACAACAGAGAUAAAAGAUUGCCCUAAAACUUUGUUCGUUGUCGGAACUUAUUUGAUUGGGAAAGAAAGGAUAUUUGCUGCUGUCGCAAAUGCCAUCGGAAGUCAAGCUUUCGUUGUACAGGAUAAAUUCCGCACAAUCCAAUGUCUACAAGAUGAUACUUUAUCAAAGUUGGUGACACGAGAUGCAACCGAAGCUAACGUUCAUGUGAUACCAAUGAGGCAGCUUUCUGUGGAGGACCUCAAAUCACGUCUCUGUCAGUACAGACAAUAUGAGCAACUUGUGGCUUUCAAACCUACAGGUUGGACUCAUGAUAACAAACAUCCCGGUUUGAACCGGAUAAAACCUGUUGUGUCCGGUCCUGUCAAGAUUUAUGGAUUGCCUUAUAGUGAACACAGCAGUUUUGAAGACCUUCACAGAUUCGUGAAAUUUCUUCGACCGACCAAAAUUAUUCCGACGGUCAACGUGGGAAAGAAGGAAAUGCGGGAAGAAAUGAAUUAUUAUCUGGAUAAGUGGAAACUAGGACUCGAUCCUUGAUAAAUUUUUGUCCACCUCAUUUGAACUUCCAUUUUUCCUUGACAGUGUUGACUUGAAUUGGUUCGUUCAACCGCUAUCCACUGCCAUCCAUUCUGCCUACUUCUAUCUAUGGCUCUUAUAUCUGCUUUCAUAUUCUCCUAUCGACUGCUAUCCACUAUCAUAUCUACUUCUAUCUGUCCCCAUAUGGUAUUAUCUUCUUCCUCACUGUCUUAUCUUCUGUUAUCUGCUUUCAUAUUCUCUAAUCUACUGCUAUCCACAGCUAUAUUGUAUUGCCUUAAUUACUACUACCUAGAGUCCUAAUGUUUUAUCUACUACCACACUGUCUUAUCUCCCAUAAUUCUGCUCUAUCUGCUGCAAAGAUAAAUGUGUUAUCUACUACUACC